AUGUCUCUAAUAUCGGCGUUUCGCCCACCAUCCACACGCACAUCGUCAAUCCGUCAAAGAUCACGACCACGUCGGCGGAGAAAGACAAAUACACGGGAGCAAGUCGAUCUUGACUCCGAAGGUCAUGUUCAUGACCCAGAUGCCCAUUCAAUCAUCACACCCUCGAAACACACGCCAAAGCCUUUUCGAAAGCUACGAGGCUCUGUCGCGGCCGGUGGCCCUCUACGUCCCUUUCGACUUGUGAAGCAAGAUAUCGUCAAUUUGCGCCGGCGAUAUGUGUCUGACUGGACGGUUUUUAACCAGCUCAUCUUUGCCAGCGCCGUCUAUGUCUUCUUCACUAACCUCCUGCCUGGUAUCACAUUCGCAAGUGACUUGUACGUGCUCACUGGCAAAACCUGGGGCACGAUCGAGGUCGUCCUCAGCACCGGACUCUGUGGCAUAAUCUUUUCACUCUUCUCGAUCCAGCCCCUCACCAUCCUCGGCGUAACGGGUCCAUUCUCUGUCUUGGCAGAGAACAUCUAUUCGCUGUGCGAAGAUGUAUUCCAAAUACCUUUCCUGCCGUUCAUGGCUUGGUCUUUGAUCCAUUCUGCUUGGCUGCACUAUCUAUUGGCAAUUUUCAAUGCGCAUGACUGGACUAUGCGAUAUGUGACGACUUUUGCAACUGAGAUCUUCUCGCUCUUGAAUAGUAUCAUUUAUUUCCACAAGGCUAUUCAGGAGCUUGAGAGAGCUCAUGCAAGCCUGUCUUUUGCGGCCUUCCUCUACGCCGUGAUAGGUGCGGUAGGUACUAUGCUACUUGCCAUCUUCCUCUCCACUGCGGAGAGCUGGCGCCCUCUGUUCCACCGGUAUGUUCGUCUGGGAUUGACUGAAUACGCUGCUGCAAUCUCCAUCAUUAUAUUUAUUGCGUUGCCUCAUGUUGGUGAAUUGGCCAAUUUGGACAAAUCGACUCUGGCCGUGAGCACUUCCUUCCGACCAACAUCUCCGGACCGGGAAACCUUCUUCGUAGAAUUCUGGAAAUUGCCCAUCCAGUGGAUUUUUGGCUCCAUCAUUCCCGGUCUGAUUAUCACCAUUUUGUUCUUCUUUGAUCAUGAAGUCAGCUCAAUCAUCUGCACUAUUGACCGCUAUGGCACUCGCAAGCCAGGCGGGUUUGCUUGGGAUAUCGUGCUGCUAGGUACAACAACGGCAAUUUGCGGUAUUCUUGGCAUCCCACCCGCAAAUGGUCUCCUUCCACAGGCCCCUUUGCACUCUGAAUCUCUGAUGCACACGGUCAAAGAAGAGAAGACCAUAACAGUGGACGGGGAAGAGAAGGUAGAGACUCGAGAAGUUCGGCAAGUAUAUGAGCAACGCUGGUCGGCCUUUCUCCAUUCCGGCGCUAUUCUUUUGUUCAUCAGUCCGCCAUUUAUGAAGGUCCUUGGCUUGACUCCGACGAGUGUUCUUGCAGGCCUGUUCCUUUUUAUGGGGGAACAGAGCCUGUCCGUCAACCCUAUAUUGUACCGGACUUUCUACCUUCUAACUCCCCCAUCAGAGCUACCACCUCUGCCCCAGUCACUGCACAAGGACCCCGCAGCCCGUAGCGUCAUGGAAUCACCAUCUCACAACCCAUCCUAUCUUCCAGUCCACCUCUACACCAUCCUCCAGAUUGUGAUCACUGUCGUGGUCUUCAUCCUAACACUCACACCUGGAGCUCCUACAUUCCCAGUAUUAAUCAUCGCCCUGGUGCCAUUCCGACUUCUAGUCAUGAAGAAAUGGUGGCCCCGGGAAGUCCUCCGUUUUGUCGAUGCCUGGGCCUGUCGCGAAGGUACACCUGAGGACGACGAGGAUGCUGAGAAAUCAAGCGGAUUUCCAACUCAGGAGACCUCGAGUGGAGAUGAAAAUGUAACACCUGAUGGUGUGUUCCGCGGCAAUGAUAGUGGUGAUGAUCGCGGGCUCGCUGUUGGGGAAAGCGCUUCACACGGACAUUCUCAGGCAGACCUUGGUGAACAGAGGAUAUGGGGUGCUACCAGUAACGACGCAAAUCACGAAUGGGUGGAGCUUGACGCACGAGAGGCUCCUGAUGAGGAGCUAGGCCGUGAUAGAUGA